GGCACAGAAAAAAAGGAAAAACUACAGCAACAACGAUGGCGUGUUUAUUGAGCACGGCGCCGCCCUUCCGGUCGCGGCAGUGUCGUCUUGGAGUAUUUCUCCAAGUGCAGCGCAGGACCCUUUCGGGAGCUAGUAUGCUGCGGCAGCAAGCAGAGUGUAGUGAAUGGUUUCUGCAACUUGCAAAACGUUUUGCGCCGGAUCUCGAAUUCUUCACGCCACCAUACGGAUCGGGGUUGCCGCUUCUUGUCCGCCCACGUAGUAACGACCUGAAUGCGCACAGCGGCGUCUGGAUCCCAAUGCAGCUCCGCAGCACACGACGGACGGACUGCCUGAUGCGGGGAAAGGUAGGAACUCUCUGCAAUGUAGGGAACUUCGGCACCCCAAAGUACUGGCAGAACAAGCCGAUGCUUCUAGGUUGCCCGGGACGAAAAAUCGUGUUCGUGUACGACAACAUCGAGAGCAAGUUCUUCCGGGUGCGGCUGGACUCGGACGCCUGCGUAGACGUGGCCACUGAUUCUGGCCAAGCAGAAUUGGGGCGUCGAUUGCGAAAAAUUUGCGAGAUGCGCGGUCCAGAGGCACUGUCGCUUGAAGACUGCAUCCUGACGGGUGGCCGAGUACCUACCAAGCAUGCAAACCGUUACCGCCUUCUCGCACAAGCCAUGCAGUAUCCGGUGUUCCGAGAAUUGACAUUUCCACCCGGAUGUGGUACAAGUGACGGGAGCCGCUACAACUGCCACCUCCGUGGGUUUGGUGUUCACUUCCGCGCAGGCCGAUCGUCACCAACCAAGUCUGGAUCCAGGGUCGGUUUUUGCAAGUACGUAGACGGCGCAUGGAGUCCGCUUGCAGCGACUGAUGGAAUCGAGAUGUUUUUAUGGCUUCUUCCCGGACGGCGCAGCCCGUCUCAACUCCAGUACAUUGGUUUAGUGCCGGCGCGCGUUCUUCUCGACCGUGGAUUACUCUCUACGGCGACGCAAGCGGGUGGCGUUCAUCACUACAUACGCUGGAAGUCGGACACCGAGCUGGACUUUGAUGGCAGGUAUGGGAGUGGUCUUGCGCAAUACUUCAUCCGGUGCGAUGAAUCACCAGAAGUAAUCGCGGCUAGCGCAGAACGGAUUCUUGCUGAAGCAACUUUAACGUCCACGGUAGCCACAAUUGAGCGGCAGGCACUUGCACCUGUUGACUGA